CUGUGACCGGCUAACCUGCAGGAGAAGCCAACAAGUCCAGCUGUAACGCAGACAGAAGAACUUAAAGGAAAGUGUUGACAGAGGUUCCUUGUUUGGUGGCAUUGUUUUAAGAGCAUUUGCUAAUGCAUGCAGAUGUUUUUGAAUUCACAUCAAGUCGCUCCAUACUUUUUCAAAUCUUUGAUCUGUGGACGUUGUUUUUCCUGGCGAUAGUGUCUUCUAAAACCUUUCAGAUUACAAAGGAAAGCAGAGCAUUUUCUUCUCUAUUUCAAAGGCAGCCAUCAUGUAUUUUAGCAACAGAAAUAUCGACACAGAGAGGAAUAAGAAGAGCACAAAAGGAAAGGUGUUAGGGAAAGAGGCUCAGCAGAAGAUAGCACCAUGUCAAGGAGAGAUCUUGACCCUGAUGUUGCCAAAGGUGGGGGGCAGUGAUAUGAAGAAGACAAGAGAGGAGAAAAAGGAGAACCAGCCAGACAUGAACAUGAACAUGAACAUGAACACAAACACCAACAUGAACAGGAACAUGGAGGAGGAGGAGGUGAAGCAGUGGACUGCCCUGGAGAAGGCCCUGUACGACCUGACACAUUCAGAGAGGGUGAUGGAUGAUCUGACAUUUGGACGCAGGGUGGCGCUGUACGAGCUUAGGGGGGAGAUUGGCUCGGGCAACUUCUCCCAGGUCCGGCUGGGCAUCCAUGACCUGACCAAAGAGAGAGUGGCAGUGAAAAUCCUGGAUAAGAUGCGUGCGGACAAGCACUCGCAUGUGCUCUUUGCCUCGGAGAUCGCAUGCAUGGAGAAGAUGGCCCACCCCAACAUAGUGCGGCUGUAUGAGGUGGUGGAGACCUUCAAGCGGCUCUACCUGGUGAUGGAGUAUGCCAGUGGAGGAGAGCUGUUCUCCCGUAUCACCACCAGGGGGCGCCUGUCAGACCUAGAGAGCAAGCUCAUUUUUGCCCAGGUCCUGUCUGCUGUCCAAUAUAUGCAUGAUAAGCAUAUUGUCCACAGGGACCUGAAGGCCGAGAACAUCUUCUACACUAACACCUACUGCAUUAAAGUGGGUGACUUUGGGUUCAGCACAACGUGCCGUCCCAGCGACUUCCUCAACACAUUCUGUGGCUCUCCCCCUUAUGCAGCCCCUGAGCUGUUCAGUGAGAAGGGCUACGUUGGCCACUGUGCUGAUGUCUGGGCACUGGGUGUCUUGCUUUUCUUCAUGGUGACUGCCACCAUGCCGUUCAACGGCACUAACACGAGCAAGCUUAAGGGCUGCAUCCUGCGGGGCUCCUAUGUCAUCCCCUCCUAUGUGCCCAUGACAUGUCAGCAGAUCAUUAAAGGCAUCCUGAGGCAGCUGCCGGCCGAUCGCCUCAGUGUGGCCCAGAUCAUUGCAAGCGACUGGAUGAGGGGCAUCGAGUGCCCACAGCCCUACCCCGCUUUUAGCCUCACACCGGGCCACCUGGCCGAGCCCACCUGUGUCCUCAGCUCGGACGAGCUGGAUGUCAAAGCAGCAUUGGAGGACCUGGGCAUCACCAAGAUCCAUCUGCUCAACCACUGCCCUGACCUGAAAAGCCCCAUCACAGGCGCCUACAGGAUACUCUUACACCGCAUCCAAAAGAGGAAGUGGGUGGAAGCUGUGAGCUACAGCAGCAUGAGCCCCAAACGGUCCCAGAGCAGAUGGAGACCAAGAACAGGGUCAGUCAGCCUGAAACACCAGAAUCAGUCUGUGGUGUGUAUCAUCAUGUAGAUGGUGAAGCACUCAUUAGCAGUUCAUUAAGGUUGUAAGCUGACUUUGUGGAUUGUGGUGCUAUGUUCCUGCACAGCUUGAUAAAUAGAACAUGGCCAGGUGUUUGAGUUCCAGUGGAGCAGCUCAGACUGCAGGGCUGCACUCGUGGUACUGCAAGAUGCGUGGGAUGAAAGUAGACCUAUGACUAGGCUUGGGGCGAUUCUCCUCACCAAUAUAACGUCUUUAUUGUUGAAUUUUAAAUUUACAGUGUGAGUCACAUUUAAAUCAUCUUGCCGCAACAGACAUUUUUAUGAGGGAUGACAAUGAGCCAACAUUUUUUCUUUUAGUAAAGCAACACAAAGGAAGGUGAAGGACACAGAGGUGGAGAAGGCCUGAUAUCCUUCAACAAAACCACAUCAGGGAUUUAGUCGCUCGCUAACAGUGAAAUAUCAGUCAAUCACAUGAAAAUAAGAGACAGUAGAGCUUGUCCUCCUUCUCAGCACAGCGCACAGGAAGUUAAUGUCACAAUAUUUGCUGUUUCCAACAUUGACAAUACCCGGAUUUAUUGGAAAUUAAGCACAUGGCAUUACAAAAAAUAUUCUAGUAUUUCUCUGGUUUUUCUUUUAUCCUUUUUUUUCCCCUCUCUAGAUCUUGUUUUUAUAAACACAUAUCACUGUGAUACAUUUCAAUAAAUGUGGACUACCAAGCACUCUUAGCUUAGAAACAUGUAAAUAAAAGUGUUAUUAAGGGAUUUUUACAUUGUUUGGCCAUAUGUUCUGUUAUGUUAUUGAGUUAUUCAGUGUAAUUCCAAUGCAGACAAUGUUUUCCUCACUGCUUUUGCUAAAGAAAAUUCAGCAGUGUACAAUUCAGGUGAAGUAUACAUGUACCAGAAAUGUCUUAUUCAUGUUUCA